GCGCUGUAUUAAAAGCUUGUUGUUUUGUGGGCAGCGCUGACACUGUGCGAGAGAUGUUGUUGACAAAAUGAACUUCAUUUGUGGCUAGAAAAAAUAAAUUUGAGCAGCAGUGCACAUAACUCCCAUUCCGUCCCUCACGAUGGUUCACGUUCUACCCUGCCACCAAUUUGCCGGUGACCCCAAGACCUUAGCCUUGUCUCAAGACCCACUGACGAUCUUUGCCUCGCGGAGUCAGCUGUUUGUGGCCACUUUGCAGCACAGCGUCAACGUGUACGGGCUCGGAGACGGCUCGUCUGGAGACCAUGGGUCACUGCAGCAUAGCUUCACCACGGCCGGGCUGGUCAAACAGGGAGCAUACAGCACCACAGGUAACUACAUUGCAACCCUGGAGGUGCAAGGCAGCCCCCAGCACCAGACCACGUCCAUCCGGGUGUACUUCAACUGGGAGAUGAGCGGGCCGCACUUGGCCGUCCGCGCUCGAGUUGCCGGAGGUGAUAUCCGCGAACGAGGUGCCACUGUCUCGACCUACAAUCUAGACCGGCGCUCCGGCACCCAGUUUGAAUUGGUGGAGGUGCAGACCCCUGCCCCGGCCCAGUGCAUCAGCUGCUGCCCGGCCACCGGUAACCUGGCCGCCGGCAUCGACAACACGGUCUCCGUCUACCGCUUUGUGGUCCAGAACCCCGGCACGCCGACGGAGUGCGGGGACUUUGAUUGGCUGAUCCAGCUGCGGAUGGGCCUGAUGGUUCGAGAGGUGCGGAUGUGCGAGGGGACCAUCGCCUGCAUGGGCACCCAGGAACUACAGGUGGUAAAAGUCCGUCUGUGGGACACGGCCAGUCGUGAACCCCUCCGCGGCCGGUCGGUCACCGACACGGAGAUCAUCAAGACCCAGCGGGGCAAGCGACGGGUGCCGCUGCUCAUCAAGCCGGCCCCGUCCCCGGAACACUCCGGCUCCGAUGAGGACAGUGAGGCCCCGGCCUCGUCCUGGAAGUCCCCCGCCGAUCUGAAGAAGGGCAAAUCGCGGGAGUUUUGCCAGGCUCAGCCGUAUUUCGUCAUCGCCGAGGGAGCAGCCUUGGACUGGGAUUUUGGCAUCGAGGCUACCUCGGGAGUAGGUGCCGACAAAUCAUCGUCGACCCAGCAAACCACUCCAGGAAAUGCUACGGUGUACCUACCAAGCAUCCAAUCGGAGGAGCCGUACUAUGAAAGCUCAGAGGUGAACUGCGAGAUGAUUGGCCCGGUCAGCAGAUUUGAGGGGCAUCCGACUCACAUACUGCUUCCUAAGAGACGUACUCGCAAGUUGAGGACAUCACUGACGCAGCUUCUAUAUCGCCGCUUCAUCAUGUCGAAUAUUAACGAGGGGGAUAACGAUAACGGCCUACACUCACUACAGUUCCUUCCUACGUAUGCCACAGCUUCCCACGGCAAGACGGAGCCCAGUAACGAUCUCUUGGAGAGCAGCAACGCCCAGAACCUGGCCGGACUCUGCUGCUUCUUCAGCACCUCCCGAGGGGGCUACCUGUACGAGAUGCAGCCCCGGCCCCGCCUACUGACGGAGUACACCUACAAGGCCGACGCCCUCCAGGUUGAGGCUGGGCGGAGCCUGCUGUACGCGUUGACUCAGAACGGGCUGGAGACGUUCACGCUGCGCACGGCGGCCGCCGCGCUGCCCAACAUGGAGGCCGUGGAUAACAUUGCCAAUACCUGUCCCCCAGCAACGUUGGACAUCAGCCUAGUCGGUCUGGAGCCAUACCUUGGUCUCACUCAGCUCACAGUCAGUCAGAAACACGUCAUGCUUCUAUCUAAGACCAAAGAAUCCUCCAGCCAAGCCAUACUCACCAGAGGUGAAAUGAGCGCCAGUAUAUCCAGCAAGGCUAGCACAGUCUACAUCCUGGAGCAAGCCUGCCUCUCGACUAUCUACAAGUCGCUGGUGGAGCUCGGGGAGCGAUAUCGGCACACCAGCCCAGGGGGUUACCUACAGAGCCUACUGGAGGGUCACCUGCUGCUGAGGAUGGCCAAGAUGAACCGCCAACAAGAGAACGCCCAGGCAGGGCUAGAAGAUUUUCCCAGUUCUAAAUCGCCAGACGAACUUCAAUCUCUCUACCUGCAAUCCUGUCUGCAGUUAGCCCUCCACUACUGCAGAGGAGAGACAUCUGAUUGGCAUUUGACCCUGCCCUACUUCAACAUGUCCGAACUUCCCCUGCAGAAGAUCAUCCAGCUCUGCCCAAAGCCAUACACGGCAUUCGAGGAUGAGGAGAUCGUGUCUGGAGCAGGUUCCGGAAUGAUCCAUUAUUUGGACUGGGCACUUUUUGAUGAGAACAGCACUGUAGAAGUAGAUCAGGAAACGGCAGACAGCAUCUUGAAGUAUUUCGUCUCCCUGGCUCCCCAGCAUUGCAGCAAGGUGGUGCUGUUCUCCAAGAUCUCUAGCCUUGUCAGCCCCGACAAUGCCCUGACCAUCCUAACCAAAGUCAAAGAUACACACCAACCUGGACAACACGUGAACUUUGCCGGAAUUCCAGGGAGAUAUGCUUGGGGCAAUCUGGAUCGUUUAGCCCUGUCUGAGGUGUACCUACGCCUGGGUGACUUGGAGCAAGCAGCGACCACUCUGUGCACCCUAUCCACAGAAGAGAUCACCCAGCUAUGCACCCAGCACUCCUCCCUGCUGCUACAAGGGGACGACCAGUUCUCACACUUGGCCCAGUUGAUACGCCAACAGGAGCCAGAAAGUCUCCUCUCUGCUUUGGUUCAACUCAUUGAUGAGAAUACUGUCGCACUGCACACGUGCAUCAAACUACUCAGGGAUGAGAAUGAAUCGCUGACUUCGCUGGCCAACAGUCACCUCAAACGUUUCCUGGAGGAAGUGGUGUCCAGCAACCAUCGUCACGGGGUGCUUCCCGGUGCUGCAGAAUUACUGUUGGAGAUAUACUUUGAGAGGUUGAAGAAAGGUAUGUCUAAGGGUGCCCCCCUCCGCCAGUCGUCAAGACACACCCACAUUUUCUUUGGACUUGGCGGGGGAUGUUUCCACAAGACGCCUGAGUGGAUGGACUAUCUACCGCCUUUCCAAGGACCAGAGUCGCUGACGUUCAAAUGCCUGCAGGCCGUGAGUCCCAGCAACCCACGGCCCGCCAGGGGUUUCAUGGGCCGCCUGCAGACCCCGAUCCUGGGCAAGUUUGGAGGGGGUCAAAGGCCGAACGCGCCGGGCCAAUCACAGCAGGGCAGGCCAGCAGGGGCUGAUGGGAAGGGGGAGGAGGAGAUCGUGUGUCCGUGCUGCUGCUGUAACGACGACUUGCUCAAUAUUCAGAGCCUCAUCACCUCCCCCUGUGCUAGUCCUGCGCUGGCCAGCCGGGUCAUGGGACUGAUCAAAGCGGCUGCAGUGACCACACCCUCUACAACCACGCCCACUCAUGCCACACCCGCUCCAGCCAUGCCCACCCCAGGCGCAUUCUCCCCAGCCAUGCCCACCUCAGCCGCGCCCACCCCAGCCGCGCCCACCCAAGCCACGCCCACCGAUGCCAAACCCAUCACACCUGCCACUCCCACUAGUGCCACGCCCACCACCCUUACUUUCAGCCAGUCCCUGCAGUCGCUGGACACCGUCUGCCGGUCAGUGCUGGACCCCCAGGCUAUCCUGCAGCUACUGAUCAAAGAACAUCCAGGGAUCGUCCUCGAUUACGCCCAGGACACAUUCGGCAAAGACACCCAAAAAUGGAAGGAGUUGCUGAAGAUGCUAUUGGAUCGAGGAGCAGAGAUGAGUCUUGCGCCUGAGGUGGGAGGAGACAGGGGCAGAGACGGAGGAGGAGAGGCGUCAUCCAGCAACCAGGCCGACUAUCUGCAGAUUUUGACAGGAGUCCUGGGUCACGUCAGUAACCUCCUGGCUCCUGAGGAGCUUCUCCGGUGUCUGCCAAGCGAGGGCUCACUCUCCUUCUUCCUGCCUUACCUCCGGCAGAGUUGCUGCCAGCAGAACGCGCAGGUGCUGCACCAACGACUGAUCAAGAUGCUCGCUACUUAAACUCUGGGAGUGAGGAAUCCAUGCUGUAUUAAGACGGAAUCGAAACCGAACGCUAUGGCAGUUGAAAUUGUGAGCUGUUGCCAGAAAAGAAGAUUUAAGUCAGACUUUUUAAAGGCAGAGUGGACCAUUAGCAGCUAUCCAAAAAGUAACUGGCCAAAGUUAUUGUUAAAAAGAUUACUUUGUCAACGAUAUAAAUGAGCCGGAGGCGAGGGUAAUUAUCAGCACCCAGACUCUAAGUGGUCU